AUGUCCAUCAUCAUGCACUUGGGUGAAACUCCACAUCCCGGACAUUACGUGGCGUAUGUCAACUACAAUGACGUCUGGUGGCGCUGCGACGAUCGCCAGGUCAUGCCAGCUCGCGACAGCACACACUUUUGUCACCGCAUCAACGAGAAAGCUUACCAUCUUUUCUACCAAAAGACUGAAGAGCAUGAGGUCGCAGUCCCCGCCAUCCCGCGGGCGCCCAUCGACUUGGAAAUCAACGAGAGCGACUCAGAUGUAGUCGAAGAGUUCGACCACAAGUGCAAGAACAGCUCGGACAGCAGUCGCCCAGAAGCCAAAAGGCCGCGAGAAGCUCAGCAUGCUGCCGAGGACAUGGGAUCCGAUGGCGUCUCGAGUGACGCCAAGCCUCAAACAGCGCAAGUCCUCGACCAAGGCGAGCCAGCACAGGCCGAUGACAGCCAGACCAAUGCAGCCCGCCAGGACGUCUCGGAGCAGGUCGACACGGAGAUGCACAUUCCUGACGACCUGGAGAUUCUCCUCGAGCAAGAAAUUGAAGACUUUUUCGCGGAGAUAAAGCCAGCAAAGCGACCUCGUGGCCAGGCCUCAGCUAGCUUACGCAGGUAUACAGAAGAAGAAAGACAAGAACUUGCUGACAUCGUGCGCAGGAGCAUCUCGAUGAAACACCUUUUGGCAAGUCUAACUCAAGACAUGCCCAUGAUCAAUGUACAAGAUCCAGACGGACCAGGCUUCCUGCGCAGCCAAACUCUUCGACGUUGGUUCAACAACCACGCCGCCAUGGACAGAGCCAUGCGAGCGGCGCAGGUCGCUCUACCCAAAUCUACAGCUCGUCAGCCUCCUUCCACCAGUACCAGGGCUAGAUUAAGCGACCUUGACUGGGACAUCGUGAAGAAAGCUUUGGCAGCCUCUACGUCAACGGUAGAGGUCGCUGACAAGCUCGGCCAACAACUAUCCGGCUUCAGCAGUGUGGACAAGACCGCCGCCAAGUAUGUUCCUCGUGCAACUCUACAUAGAUGGCUCGUGUCUUCCACCAAGGAGAGCACUGUGGCACGACAUCGAGAUUGGAGCGAGGAGUACAACAUGAAUUUUUCCAUUGGAUGCGGCAAUCCAUCACCACGACCAGUUACAGAAGUGUCGGCAGAUGACGCCAACAGCAUUUGGCUGCAAAAAGGCUCCUGGACGUUCUGUCCAGAUUGCGGCCGUCGACGUACACGAACCAAAACAAAGCAUUGGUCUCUAGAAACGACGACGGCCGCUGUGCGCUGCGCCGAUGGAUGUGACCCCGAUGCAUGGGACCUUCUGGAGGCAGCUCCUCAGGAUCUUGAGCACAAGCGGCUUCGUGUCUAUGUCACUCCACAGUCAAGCACCUGGAUGCCGUGGCUGCGAGAUUUGGGAGAAGCCCAGCUGCCUCUGACACGUUUCCUGACGAAGACAGAGUUAAAGCAACUGGCUGUUCUCGAGAUCCAGGUGGAGUACCGUUCCCGACGCGGUGGGAACGCAGAAAUCACCAGCAAGCAAAAAGUGUCGUUGACUCGAUGCCGAUGGGCACGACAGUCAUUGCGUGAAAUGGCACGUGACAACAUGCCAGCACGAGCUUUUACAUGGUUGCUGCAGCACAACACCACCUACAAAGCUUUCGUGGACCGCCACGACGAAAUCUUGCUACAGCACAACAACUUCGCCGACGGCAAUCGGAAUGUUCAUACGGCCGAAAUGCUGCUCAACAUGCCGGGAAUUGAGGUUGCAGCUCGCCCUUGGCUGUAUCCGACUGCUAGUUGUGCCGACAGUGAUCUGCAGCAGCGUCUCUUGCCGCUGGGCUGGACGCAGAAGACCAGCAAGCCUAGUUUGAGGGCCGGAAUCAUGCGGAAGCUCAGUAGCCGUUGUGUCGACUACGUCCAGGACUUUCCAUUGCAGUGCUUGUUUUACGAUGUCUGCGUGGCUCGCACGAUCACCUCCAUUCAAAGCAUUGCGGAUGCGAAGAAGACUAGCCCAGACCAGAUAGCGUUGGAUAUGGACACCUUCGAUGUGUACUGGCUCCAGCAAGUCCACAAGAUGGAGGACAUCUGCAGACAGGAAUUCGAAAAGGCCGGCACUCUGGACAAGGCCUUACCUUCCAUCUUCUUCACCGUGGCACCUGCUGAAUGGAAGUAUCUGUUGCAGGAAGGCAUGUUCCACGAGGGCUCCCUAAGUGACCAGCAAGCCAACAUGACGUUGCACUUAUAUAACAGCUUGCAAGUCUUGCUGGAGUACCACAUCUUGAAAGACGGUCAUGCUCUCAGGGACAUUGGCGUCAGCAGAGUACGGCACUGGUCAAUCCGCUUCGAAUUCCAAGCGCGAGGUACUCUGCAUCUUCAUGCCGUUCUUUGGGCGGACUUGCUUCCUGGCUGGCAGGCCAACAACUUGACAGGUUGUUCCGGCACCUCGACUACCUCCAAGUUCGUGCGGCUGCUAGAAAGCCUCUUCCGCUGCCGCGUUGAUGUGCAAUGCGGUGACGGUCAUCACAACCUUCUCAUGUACGUCGCCGGUUACGUAUCGAAGGCCUCGGACGCGCUGACCUUCUACGCACCUCAAGCCACUCGAGAAGGUUCUGCACAAGAAACUUCAAAAUGGAGGCAAACUUACCGUCUUCUGUGUAAGAAGUCGCCCAUGGAGCAGGAAAUGCUGAUGGAGUUUGCGGGGCUUCCGAUGGUAAAGCACUCCUUCAGUGGCGUGACGCUCUUCGCACCAAUUCCCGGCAGUCGAGCCGCAAACAGCUCAAGGGACCACUACAACACCUAUCAUUAUCAGUUCUACUUGACAGCGGAUUCAGACGUCUGCGGAUGUUCCAGGAAAAUGUCCUACAUGCAAUGGCUUCGGCGGUACCGGGUCGUCGACGCCGAGAAAAAGAUUGUGCGCCGUCGCACUGCUUAUGGUCCGGCUAAGGAUGCAUGCGCCAUCGCCAUGUCCUUUCCGUUCGAGCUUCUGGAUAUCUAUGUGGGUGCGUAUGCCGCAUCGUUCCUGGAAGGCAUGCCCGAAUACAGAUUACUUCCAGACCCCGACAAAGACGCCGAUCACUACGAUCGCCUUUUUCAUGCCGAGGUGUGUCGUCGCAAGUCGUUCGCAGCGCCAGAAGGAUGCCGUCACUUAAAAGCUGUUCUGUGCCUCGAUGAAUUCCAGCAAGCUGGAGCAGACCCGAUGGUCUUCAAUCCAGAUGAUCCGGCCAUGUGGACGGCUCGCCGAGCAAAAAUGCCUCCGCAGCGAAGCUGGUCACCAGAGCAACAGGACGUCCUGAACAGGAUCAGUAUCGGCACCAAUAUCAGCGAUGCAGCUUCCAUGGAAGAAUCCAACAGAAUUCUUCACGUCUGUGGUGGCCCGGGUACCGGAAAGACCGAGGUCGUGAUCGCAGCUGCACGUCAAGCCUUAGAUGACGGAUGCAGAGUGUUGAUAGCCGGACCGAUUGGCCUGCUGGUCUCUAUGUAUCGUAAGCGACUCCCGGCUACAGACAACCUGACCAUGGAGACCCUGCACUCUGCCUUCCGAAUCGUUCGCGACGAAGAUGCCGCCUACUCUCCGCCAGGACGUUUGCGACGAUAUGACCUCAUCAUCAUCGAUGAAGUUAGUCAGAUCGACGGCAUCGUUUGGGGCAAGCUGAAAACGGCGUUGGGCGAACUUGCCCCUUGCCCCUUCAUCGUCUUCGUCGGCGACUUCCAGCAGUUACAGCCGCUUGGCACCGGCCCUGUCUUGCAGAACGAGCUGGAACAGCAAAUAAGCCACGGCAAGGUUGUCAUGGUCCGCCUGCUGCAUCACCAAGCGGCUCGGUCUGUCGACCCCGCGAUGCUUGACUUCCUGGAAGCGGCAAGAGUUCAACAGCCUAGUCGCCAGGACCUGAUCGACUUUUUCCAAGACCGCGUCUGGCCAUCAGAUCUAGAUACUGUCUGCCGC